AUGCCCGGCUUGCCGGUUAUUAGUAUUCAAUGUGAUUGGAACGACGCUCUAAGAUUACCACAAAGUAAAGUGUGGAUAUCAAUUAAGUAUCUGAACAUUAACAGUGUUCAUGAUAAAAUUACAACAUCUCUCAACAAGCCAGAUGUAAAAAUUAAAAUACACGUACCGGAAAACUUUCAAUUGAUUUCAUAUUCAAAUCUUAGCCUUGUUUUAAAACAUGUGGAAUCUGAUUUAAAAGUUGCAUUUGUAGCUCCAACGAAAGUUCAUGAUUUGCACCAAAAAGCUAUACUUUCUGUAUGUGCUGCAGAGAAUUCUCUGACUGUAUCAUCAUGUGAGGGUGACCAGCUUUUAGUGUGGGAUAGCAGAACUAGUGAAACAUUAUUGGAUUUGAAAGGCCAUGGUGGUCCUAUUUACAAGUGUCGCUUUUUUCCAUCUGGAGUUGUGUUAAUAUCUGCUGGAGCUGAUGGAUCAUGUAAAAUUUGGUCUGCACAAUCAGGAAUCAACCCUGUUACUCUAAAAGGACAUGUCAUGUCUGUGGCAGAUGUUUGUAUAAUUGAUAAGGGAAGAAAUGUUAUUUCUGUCAGCAAAGAUGGUACAGCAAAGUUAUGGGAUGUUGGUGAAUCAAAAUGUUUGGAUGAUGUAAUUAAAGAUAGAGGCCCCAUUAAUUGCUGUACAUUGACAAUAACUCAGGAUGAAGUAAAUGUCAACAAUGAUAGAGAGAUUGGAACAGCAAAUAAGCAGUUAGUUAUUGGUUGUGAAUCAGGUGAAAUUGUAAGUGCUCACAUAGCAAAAAGAGAAGUAAUAUUUCAUAAAAAGUUUGGAUCACCAUGCAACACCUGCAUUAUUAUUGAACAAACCAUAAUUGUGGGAUGUGCAGAUGGAAAAAUUAUCCAUUUGAAGGUGGAAGAUGGUGAAAUAAUAAAAGAAAUACAUGAAUCUGCUAGCCCAAUUCUUUCUAUGGCUGUUCUCAUGAAUGGCCUGUAUGUGGUUGGAAGACAGGAUGGGAAUUGUGCUGUGCUCUCAGUACAAGACGACUUUAACUCUGUGAGAGUGCAAUUAACAGGCUCCGACUGUGAUGGCAUCAGAGAUUUAUCAUUCAAUGGUAAAUGGAUUUUUGUAGGGUGUCGUGAUACUAAAGUCAGAAAAUAUGACUUUAAUCAAAUAAGUGUACAUUUUAAGUAA